AUGCCCCUCGCCAAGCCCAACAGCGACGAGGACAAGGCGCGUUUCUGCGUCGGCAUCACGCUGGAUGAGCCGCACAACCACAUCUUCUUCACCAUCAAGGGCCCCUCGAAGGGCGGUAAGGGCCGCAUCCUCGCCGCUCCCUACUACUUCAAGCGUCGCAACUUGCCGUCCGUCACAGCGGCCACCUCCUCGGCUGCGGAAGGCGUCAUCGACCCAUCCCACGUCGUGACGCUGCACCGCAACCUGCCGGAGCCGAUCGACCUGCUGCUCGAUGCGCAGGGCGGCUACCUCUACUGGACAGACCGCGGCGAUGACGCAGCGGGCGGCAACUCGCUCAACCGCGCCACCGUGUCGUACCAGCGCAACGGCCAGCCGCAACUGGGUCCGGUGGAGGUGCUUAUCACCGGCUUUACGGAGGCGAUUGGCUUGUCGUGGCCCUUCAGCCACCUCGAGAGCAUCGCAGCUUCGGCGGCGAGUGAUGAGAGCCUGCGGAAGCACAUCUACGUGACGGACAUGGGCCAUCUCUGGCGCUGCGAUGUAGAGGCAAAGACGAAGGAGGCCGUUUACGAAUGCCCUGAGGGACACUUGCUCACUGGGUUGGAGGCGGUGCGUUUCGAAUAG